AAGGAUGGGGAGAAAGAAACUAGGGUGACUUGAGAGAUGACAUCAUCCCUUAUUUGAAUAAAUCCUAGCCGGUGCAGUGAUUGGUCGUCAGCUGGAGAAUCUCGAGUUCCUUGGCUAUUCAUCCCUUUCAAUUUCACCCCCGCGCUACACCGUGGUAAAACCCUCUCCGCCUCUCCAUCCUCCCGGGCUAGUCUAGUAGGGAGUGCGUGUGCGUGGACUGCAAAGUGCUAUUCCUUUCUUUGGCAGGGACGUGCAUGACUUCUAAAAACCGCGGUCGAAAUAGAAGUUUGUUGUCGAUCUGGCUGCUCUACUUUGUCCUCUUUCUCAUCUAGAUCGGUUUCAUUUUCUAGUUUGUUAGACGUUGUGUUCGUGGAGUCUGAAAGGAGUGAGAGGAUAUUGGCAAACAUCACUGGGCGUAGCUGAAGAGGAUAAGCUACAGCUAGCUACACUGCAUUGCCAUUGUUGUCUCCACCAUCGCCUGAGUGCAGUUGCCAUCUCCAGCCCUCCUCGGCGGAGACGGACAGACGGGACAUAAGAGGAAAUGAAACCGGAUGGGGUUGCCACGGCAGUCACGGCACCAAUGGAGGCACUGGACGCUGAUUCUGUAACCGAGCCGGUUGUCAUGGGGGAGGAGCCUAAUCAGGUGGCCCCACAGAUGGAGGGCGUUGGCCAGCAGGGGGAGACGGGUCAGGACGUGUCUCCGCCUGAGCCUACCAAGGACGUCCCCUCCAAGGCCGGGAACAGCAAGGCUGCGGCAGACCCUAAAGCCAAGAACAAGGCUACUGCCGCCAAGACAAAGGCCGGGACCAAUGCCACAACUAAGACCACGACCGGGCCAGCGUCUCGACACACCGCCACCCAGAGUCGUCUGACCAAUGGGGUCUCCAAGCCCCAAGCCAAUGGUUUGGCCAAGAAGACCACCACCGGAUCCCCGGAGAAGAGAACCACGCCCACCCCGGCUGCUACCAAGAAGCCUGCCGGCGCACCACCCGCUGACGUCACCAAAGUGGGUGAGAAGAAGCCUGCCGGCACCACCCGCGCCACCCCGGCUCCCUCUGCCACCAAUGGGGUGAAGUCCACACCGAUGGCAAAGAAGACCCCUGCGGUGCCCACUAACGGUGUCAGAACCGCCCCCGGCGGCCCCACCAAGAAGCCCGCGGCUCCCAGGCCUGCAUCUGCAGCGACCGCCAAGCCCAGCAGCGCUGCUGCCGCUUCCAAGCCUGAUAGGCCUCCUGUUUCCAAGACAACCAGGCCCGCCACUGCUGCAGGACCUCGCCCCGCCUCUGCUGCAGCCAAACCCGCCGCCGGCACAGCCAAGAGCUCCACACCCGCACCCAAGCCUGCCACCCCCCCGGCUAAGACCACCACCCCGAGAGCCGCCUCUGCCAAAGCCAGCUCUACUACACCCUCUGCUGGACGGACCCCAACACCGCAGUCCUCGAAGACCACCACUCCCAUUAAGAAAGAUUCUACCAAACCAGCCGCCGCCGCCGCCAAGAAGCCCGCGGCGUCUCCUCUCACUCGGCCCUUGACCGCCAAGCCAGCCAAACCCGAGACCCCCAAAUCAGCCUCCGCAUCCAAGACCGACUCAACCCCCAAGAAACUGCCCGCCGCCAGCAAGGCUGUCGACACCAAGGCUGCCGACACCAAGAAGGCUCUAAGCAAGCCUACGCCUUCGAAGGAUGUCAGUGCCAGCCCCAAGACCCCCGGCGCCAGGCCCGCGGGGAAGGCUCCCGCCCCCAAAAAGACGGUUGGAAGCAACACCCCCAUGGCAGUGAAGCGCGGCCCCAAGCCCACGUCGGAGCCCGCGGCUAAAGAGGAUGACGACAAGGAGCAUGCUGCCAUCGCCGCCGCCGUUGCCAUAGCGGCUGCUGCCUCGGCUGCUGUGGUCUCCAUGUCGGUCCCCGAAGAACCGGCGGUGAGUGUGGCCCCAGAGAAGGAGACCGGGCCACUUCAGGCCAGCCAGCCAGAAGCGGUCCCGGAGGCCGCCGUCCCAUCGCUGUCAGCUCAGCUGGAGCAGGUCCGCCUGGGAACCACAGUUAUGUCGCCUCCAUGCUCCCCCACAGGGCCCGUGUCCCCGGUCAGGGAAGCCCAAAACGCCGCUCCCGUGUUAGAUAUGCACGUCCAGCCAGACCUUUUGGUCCAAAGCCAAGCUGCUGGGGCUCCACAGAGCCUGGUUCAGGAGGAGGUGAGGUUCCAGUCAGAUGAGUUUGAGGAAGAUGACAAGCCUUUAUCUGCAGCAGAUGAUGAAUUUAAACCCAUAUCACCAGUCACAGAACCCCAGAACGUGUCUCCUGUGUUAGACAUGCGAGGCCAGCCAGACCCUUUGGUCCAAAGCCAAUCUCCUAUGGCUCAACAGAGCCCAGUCCAUGAGGAGGUGAUGUUCCAGCCAGAUGAGAUUGAGGAAGAUCGUAGGCCUUUAUCUGCAGCAGAUGAAUUUAAACCCAUGUCACCAGUCACAGAACCCCAGAACGUGUCUCCUGUGUUAGACAUGCGAGGCCAGCCAGACCCUUUGGUCCAAAGCCAAUCUCCUAUGGCUCAACAGAGCCCAGUCCAUGAGGAGGUGAUGUUCCAGCCAGAUGAGAUUGAGGAAGAUCGUAGGCCUUUAUCUGCAGCAGAUGAUGAAUUUAAACCCAUGUCACCAGUCACAGAACCCCAGAACGUGUCUCUCAUGUCUCCUUUGGUCCAAAGCCAAUCUCCUAUGGCUCAACAGAGCCCGGUCCAUGAGGAGGUAAUGUUCCAGUCAGAAGAGUUUGAGGAAGAUCACAAGCCUUUAUCUGCAGCAGAUGAAUUUAAACCCAUGUCACCAGUCACAGAACCCCAGAACGCGUCUCCUAUGUUAGACAUGCGAGGGCAGCCAGACCCUUUGGUCCAAAGCCAAUCUCCUAUGGCUCAACAGAGCCCAGUCCAUGAGGAGGUGAUGUUCCAGUCAGAUGAAUUUGAAGAAGAUCAUCAGCCUUUAUCUGCAGCAGAUGAAUUUAAACCCAUGUCACCAGUCACAGAACCCCAGAACACAUCUCCCAUGUCUCCUUUGUUCCAAAGCCAAUCUCCUAUGGCUCAACAGAGCCCGGUCCAUGAGGAGGUGAUGUUCCAGCCAGAUGAAUUUGAGGAAGAUCAUCAGCCUUUAUCUGCAGCAGAUGAAUUUAAACCCAUGUCACCAGUCACAGAACCCCAGAAGGCAUCUCCCAUGUCUCCUUUGUUCCAAAGCCAAUCUCCUAUGGCUCAACAGAGCCCAGUCCAUGAGGAGGUGAUGUUCCAGUCAGAUGACUUUGAGGAAGAUCAUAGGCCUUUAUCUGCAGCAGAUGAUGAAUUUAAACCCAUGUCACCAGUCACAGAACCCCAGAACACAUCUCCCAUGUCUCCUUUGUUCCAAAGCCAAUCUCCUAUGGCUCAACAGAGCCCAGUCCAUGAGGAGGUGAUGUUCCAGUCAGAUGACUUUGAGGAAGAUCAUAGGCCUUUAUCUGCAGCAGAUGAUGAAUUUAAACCCAUGUCACUAGUCACAGAACCCCAGAACGUGUCUCCUGUGUUAGACAUGCGAGGCCAGCCAGACCCUUUGGUCCAAAGCCAAUCUCCUAUGGCUCAACAGAGCCCAGUCCAUGAGGAGGUGAUGUUCCAGCCAGAUGAGCUACAUGAAGACCUAAUGCCUUCAUCUGCUGCAGCUCCUACAUUCAAGUCCGUGUCUCCGGUCCAGGAACCCCAGAAUGUCUCCGCACUGUUAGACAUGCACAUGGAACCAGUUCCCUUGGUCCAGAGCCAUUCUGACAUGGCUCCACAGAGCCCGGUGGAGGAGGAGGAAGAUGAGGAGGAGGAGGAGGAGGAGGAGGAGGAGAUGUUCAAGCCAGAUCUGCAGGACGCCCUCUUGUGUUCAUCUGCAGCACCUCCUGCAUUCGGCAUGAUGUCUCAGCCCACCGAGGACUUCACCUCAGAGGUCCUGGUUUCUCCCUCUCAGGACCAGGAGGAGGCGGUAGAGAAGGCCGAUGAAGAGAUCAACGAAGAUGAUGAGCAGGAAGAAGAGGAGGAAGAGGAACGGCAGCUGGGCAAGCCGUCGUCACUGUUUGACAUGACCUCCUCAGAGGAGGCCAGGCCGGCUGGCUUUGACGGUGCUGCUGACUGGCAUGGCGACGACCUGUCAGGGAUGGACUCGGAGGAUGUGAGCAGUAUAAGCAGCCGCCUGCAGGGGCCCUCAGAGAUGAGCAGCACCCAGCAUACGGGCCUUCUGGAGGGGACCCUGAGCUCUGAUGCCAUGGUGGACUCCAGCCUCAGGGGCUCGGAGGGAGACGGGGCCUUCAUGGGCUCCCCCAAUGUGGAGACCUUGGCCAACGAGGAGGAGGAAGAAGAUGAGGAGGAAGAUGAGCGAGUUGAUGUGGAUGACAUGGACCUGAGCUCAGAGCGGGCAGAGGACCACCAGAAAGUGUCUCUCCCAGAGCAUGAAGAUGAGGACGAUGAAGAUGAGGAGAUGCCCAGCGAAGGGGUGACCGAGAGUGGCUUGGAAAGCUGCGGUAACGCAGACGAGGACGACUUCACAGAGGAAGAACGCUUGGAUAACCUGAACCGCUCCUACUCUCAGCCACCCAUUCCGCCCUCCUCGGCCUGGGGUCAGACCAACCCCUUUACGGACCCCUGGGCCCAGCCCGCCCUCGCCUCCCCCCAUGUCGCCUCCAGCCCCCUGUCUGACCACGAGGCUGUCGACCACGAGGCUGUCGACCACGAGGCUGUCGACCACGAGGCUGUCGACCCCGAGACGCCCACCCGUUCCCCCGCCCAGGCAUGGCUGGAUCUCAGCGCCCCCUCCCUGAUGCCCCAGUCUGACGAGAUCGAGGGCUCUGCCCCCGUGGGGGCCACUGCCCCCCCAGCCCCCCCUGCCGUGGGCAUGUCCCAUUCCAGCACCCUGAGCGGCAACGCCCUGGCCGCGCACAGCAGCAGUGAGACCAGCACGCCCGAGGAGCUCCGCGACUAUGACAGCAGCUCUGGGGUGGAGUCGCGCUCAGACAAGCAGCAGACCCCCGUCCCCUCAGCGGUGCAGCCCGACCUGGAGCAGGACCUGGGCAUCCACCUGGAGCGAGGCGACGAGGAGGAAGAGGAAGCUGAGACGCUCCCCGCAGAUGAGGUUUUGGGAACCGGCCCUCCUACUGCUCCUGCCUCUGUCCCCACCUCCCCGUCCACCUCGGGAGACGAGGCCAGCGACACCGAGGGCGAGAUGCAGAUCAACGACCCGGACGCCCCAGUCACCAUGGAUGACAGCGCCGAGUUUGACAGUCCGCCGCCCGCCCAUGUCCUGCCUGCCCUGGAGGAGGACGAGGAGGUGGCCGAGGCCCCAGCCGGAGAGGGAGAGGAGGACGGGGGCGGCGGCACGCCCCAGUCCGCCAACUCUGUGGCGUCCUACGGCUUUGACUGCACCCCGUCCAACUCCAACGCUCACUCCACGGCCGAGAGCUGCGGGAAAAGCCCCGGCAUCUUCUCCUUGGAGAACGAAGACCAGCUUCCGGAGGAGGCCAAGGACCCCUGCCUCAUCAAGGAGCUCACCCUCCCAGCAGCGGCCGCUCAGUCGGAGAACCUGCUGGGGGGCCCCGUGGACCUGCUGCCCCUGGGCCAGCCUGGUGACCACUACAUGCUGGGGGGGAAGAUGGGAGCUCACGGCAUGGAGGACGCCGACGCACUGGAGGAGAACCUCCACCUGGGGAGCCAGCGUGCCGCUGAGGCCAGCGAGAGCCAGCCACCCUACUACUCUGCCAUAUGUGAUAAGACUGAUAGCUUUCUGGCAGGUAACGUAUAAGUCCCUAGCCCUGGAAUGCACCUUCUCCCACCGCACCCCUCUCCCCUUACUCGUCGUUGUUUUGUUGUUUUUCUCAAGUUGGAUUAGAUGGCUUAGAAAAACGAGGGAAAGCAAAUGAUGGUAGCAAAAAAAAAAGAACAAGAAGAAAAAGACUGUAGAACAGUGAAGCCUCCCUCUGUCAUACUGCUAUUACGGUCCUGGUUGUGAGUGUACGGCUUAAACUCCUUUAUGUACUAUAGCUACUACCAUUUUCUAUUAGAAUGUUCUUUUUAAGUAACACUGCAUUCUCUGUAAGCCCUGAGGGGGCUCUGACUGACUGGUCUGUUGUGACAAAGCUCUUAAAAGAAAAAAGAAAAAAAAAGAUGAGGAUGGAGUGGACUCUACCUGCCUGUGUAUUUAUCCUACUGUUUUUACCAAACAAAUGUCUGAAACUCUUUUUUUUUUUUGUACUUGCUUGUUUGUAUUUUUGUUGGUCCCCUCCCCGUUUACGCCUGCGUCAUAGAGAUAUUCCUGUUCUGUUUUUAUUUCUCUUCUUUUUCAAGACUUUACCGAUUUAGUAUUGAAUAAAGGCUAGAAAUUUAACAUGGCUUCUCACCCCUUUUGGUUUUGUUAAGGUGUGUAGGCGAGUGUUAGAUUGAAGUUUCAGGAGUUUUAAUGUAUGCAACUCUUGGCCUGUCCCUGAAUAGAUCAUCAUGGCCAGUAAAGGUGCCAUGUAGAGUGUAUUUUAAGGCAUCUGGGUUCAAGUGGUCAUGAUUCAUGCAUCUCAUAGUUGAUCAUUUGUGCUUCAGGACUGACUAACAAAGUUUGGUGGAAGACCCCAGCAAUCUGUACCUUUAGAAUGACGCUCAAUGGAGGAAAAAAAAAAACACUCUUUUGUCACUGAAACGCUUUUAAUGGGUAUUGGAUAUUUCAACUUGCAUGUACUAACAAAGAAAUUGUGUAACUGAAAUUAAAUUAAACCAUUCUACACUAGGGAUGUUCAAAAAUGAAUGUCUCAUUCUAACUAGGUUUUUCAAAAUUCCAUUAAACAUCAUUGCAAGGCA